AGGGCAGGGGAGAAGCUAGACGGCGCUUGGGCUUUCUGCAAGGGAGGAGUCUGCUCAGGACCGGCAAAGGCAAGCCGGAUUACUGUCUGGGGGGCGCCUCCCCCAGUAGGCGGAGCUGCUGGCUCAGGUAUCGCGCCAGGUGCGCUCUACACUUUGCUCUGGGCGCAGCAGUGGAAGGGCAACAGGCACUGGCAGGAAGAAAGGAAUGUUCAUUGAAAGAAAAUUGUGACUUGUUGAAAUCUGCCCAGGGAGGUAACGGUUGAGGAAACUGACUGGAGAACGGGAUCUGGAAAAAGCCAGCCAAAAUUUCAGUUGAUCAGCACUGAUGAUUUUUAAUGAUGUGAAGGAUUCACUGUGGACACUAUUUAAAGCAGACGAUCUACAUUCCAAUAUACCUACUUCAGAACUCUUAAAAUUGCUUGUAUUGUAAGCCUUGGACUUUAUCAGAAAAGGGAGAAGCUAGGUUAAAAGAAAAGAGAACAGAUUAGGCUUUAAUUUCAUUGAAGUGCCUGUUCAUUUACAGAUUUAUUUUCUUAACUCUAUUCUAGAUUAAUGGCACACAUCAUAGUGUAGGGCAGGUGUCUAAAUAGUAAUCUAGAAUAGAGUUCUUGAUUCUGCAGUCAUCCAAAUUAAUAUUCAGAAAGGCUAAUUUAAAUAGAUGCCGAGUCUGAUUUUAGCAAAGUUAAUAGUAUAGAACAGCGUAUUUCUGAGAUCCAGGUAACGAUCACAAACAUUUAAACAGUAAAAAUUCACACAGGAACCAAUCUACUGUAGGCGUGUGAGAGUUGGGGGAAAAAAAAGCUUUAAGCUAAUUAUUUACAUGAUAACUAGAUGGUGUGAGAUUAGCAAGAUUAGACAGCUGUCCUUUGUUUGGAUCCUUGAGUAUCUAGAAUCUGAUAUUAGAAACAACCAAGAAUUUGCCCACACUAAAAGCUGACUGGGGGAUAUCAAGAAAACAGUCUAGUUUCUGGAUUCAGUUAGAAGAUUCAGAUAGAAAUAGAACCUGGAUUAAUUGCUAGACACAGGAAUUUAGGCAAUGAGGGUCCUGUAACGAGGAUGUUAAUCUUAAAAUUCUAGAGAAUUUAAAAAUACAAGACUUGAUAAACCAGCAAAUCAAAUCCAGAAACCUGAACUAUUCUGAGAGCAAGUGGGUUCAUGAAUAUAAAAUCUAGACUAUAAAAACCCCUGGAGUUUGCAGUAAUUUAAAAACUACGUGAGGAAUCAGAAAUCUGAGAAAGACUGCGAAGUCAAGGUUUUCUUCUCUUCCCCCACCUCUCUGGAUUCAUGGACAGCCCCAACAAUGUCUGCCGCCUUUGCGGGUCAGUGCUGCGCGGGAACCAUCGGCGAUGGCUGUUCAGUCGCAGUGGACGCAACACCCGCCCUGACCUGCUGGUGGUGCUCUCAUACGUGCUCAGUCGAGAGGCUCCAUGCCGUGGUGAUGGGCGUGGGGAGUUCUUGUGUGGGAAGUGUGCACAGGCCCUGAGCCGGGUUUACCGCUUCGAUACUGUCAUUGCCCGGGUGCAAGCCCUGUCCAUCGACCGCCUUCAGCGCUUGCUCUCUGAAAAGGACCAGCUGGCCCGCUCCCUGCGCUACAUCCAUGCGCGGCGGUUCCCAGACGACAGUGACUCGGUGUCUUACGUGGGGCAAGAAAUAUCAGCAAGUAUAGCAGACUUGCCACAUGUGCGUUACCAGCGACUUCUUCAGGAUGACAUGGCCCUCUCUGAAUACGAGUGCUGGGCCAGUGAUGCGGACAGCAGCCAGGUCGGCACCCCGUGCCGGAAUCGCCGAUGCCACAGUUGCCAUGGGCUCCGAGUAGAGGAUUCCGAUUACGAGUGGGUAUGCCAGACCCCGAGAAGGCUGGGUUUGCUGUCUCCUGGCUUUCCCCUCUGCCGUGACAAAUCCCAGAGCAUGCCCACAGUACGCUAUGCUGGAUCCCGGGCCUCUGUCCGGUCGCAGAGUCUGGGGGAUGCGGAGUCGUGCUCGAUGCUUUCCUUGGAUACCUUGCCAGAGUUGGAUUUGGCUUGGGAGGGUCUGAGGGCGCUGAAGGACAUCCGAAGAAAGCGUCUCAGAGUGCCAGAGGGCAGCAAGAUCCCAGUACUUGCAGGGAGUAGGCACGUUCCUACACCUCAGAGGGAGAGCCCCCCAGGACAGGAGGCGUAUGAAGAAAUGGAGGAUGAUUUUGUCCCCAUCAAGUCAAAGCCCCAAGCUCAGCAAAUGCUGUACAAAGACCUCCAAGACGCUUUUGAGAACCUGAAGGCCCGUCUGGAAGCAGCCGACGAGGAGCUGAAAAGCUUUCGGGAGAACCGGGGAGAGGGCUUGAGCCAGAAGGCCGAAGCUCCACCUAAGAAGGACACGAGUAGCCAGGAGCGGCUGAUUCAACAGCUGACGAGGAGCCUGCACAGCAAGGAAGGAGUGUUACAGGACUGUCUGGCCCUCCUGCAAUCUCUGGGCUCUCUGGAGGGGCAGCCCUUCAUGUCGGAGGUCUUGGUGAGGCAGAUGGCCCAGCGCCUCAGGGAGCGAGACCAGGCCUUAGAGAAAACCCUGUCCAGUCACUUCUUGGCCCUGGAAUCCCAGCAGCGGGAACUGGGGCACCUUCAGGAGGCCAUGAAAGACAAAGAUGCCGACCUGGCCAGACUCAGCGCAGCCCUCCGCACAGGGGAGGAAACCCUGCAUGCUUUGCGUGAGGUGCUGCACCAGAAAGAUCAGGAGAUCCGGCGCCUGGAAUCUCUCUGUGCCUCGACCCGUGAGUCCUGGCAGCAGCGUGACCAGACUUUACUCCUGACUUUGAAGGAGAAGGAAGCCUUAGUCACGGCCCUGCAGAGAGCACUGACCAGCAGCAACAAGGAUGUGGAGGCCCUUGCAAAUUCCUUCACCAGCUCAGAUUUUGCCCCAGGACUGCUCCAGCGCAUCCAGGAGAAGGAAGACUUGCUGGCACAGGCCUUGGCCGAGCAGGAACGGAUCAGAGCCCAGUGGGAGAGACGCCUGCAGGUGGUGGAAGAAGCAAUGACCAACAGGGAAAGAGAGCUGCAGGAACAGUUGUGUCGGCAUUCCCAGGAAGCCCGAGAACGGGCACAAGAGACUGAACAGCUACGCAGGCGCCUGGCUGAGGCAGAGGCAGAACUGGCCAAGGGGACCACGGCACUAGAAGGGUGUCAGCUGGAACUUGCUCGACUUCAUGCUGUAGGGGAUGAGAAGGAUUGUAUUCUGGAGAAAGUUCUGUGGGAGGCAGAGGAGAAGGACCGGAUCCUGCAGAAGCUGCAAGGGGGCUGGCUGAAGAGAAUGGACAGCGGCCACAAGCUAGGGAUGAAGCGGAUGCUGGACGGCCACGUUUCAGGCCAGUCUUUUCUUCCUCCCACCUGAUCUCAAGACCAAAAUUCAGAGAUGCUGGAGAAGAAAGAAGGGGUAACUUCUACAGUGGAUGCCCUGGAAGGGAGGGAACUGCCUUUUGCUUCAGAAUUUUUUUGGGGGGAUUGUGGUAAGGGGGUGGGACACUCCUGCCUGUGAGAGUCACUGCAAGGGAGCAAGCACUAAAGAGCUGAACACUGUUCCUUCAGAAUGUAUUGCCUGAAAUAAAAAUUGCUGCACUAAAAA